AAAAUUUUUGUUAUUUUCUUAACGUGUAUUUAAAUUUUGUUUAAGGCAUUAUUAUUAAAAUGGCAAAACAACCAGCAGAACCAACAACUAUUGCCACCAUUGAUGAAGCUCUGGAAAAGACACAUUUUGGCAAAUUCAAUAUAAAACUUAUAGUGUUUUCGGGUCUAGUAUUGAAUAAUGUGAUUUUGGAAUCGGUUGGCAUUAGUUUUGCUUUGCCUGUUGUGGCCUGUGAUUUGAAUUUGUCUUAUCAAGAGCAAGGCGUCUUGGGAGCUGUUUGCUUUUUAGGCAUCAUCUUUAGUUCACAUUUAUGGGGAUUUUUGGCUGAUACCAGGGGUCGCAAGCAGACAAUGAAACCAACAUUAUUUUUCGCAUUUUUGGUGACAUUCGUAUCAAGUUUCUCUUUCAAUUUCACAAUGAUGGCAAUUUUGCGUUUUUUAAAUGGAGUCUUAAUAUCAGCUGGAUCUGCUAUCAUUUUUGCCUAUUUAGGCGAAUUCCAUUGUCAAAAGAAUCGCAACAAAGCUAUACUGUGUGGAGCUCUAAUGAGUGCCUUCAGUGCCAUACUCUUUCCAAUUAUUGCGUGGCUGUUUAUUAAUCAAGAAUGGGAGUUCGAUAUACCUUUUUUGCCAAUUGUCUAUAAACCCUGGCGUUUAUAUUUUCUUAUGUGUGGAGUUUCUGGACUUGGUUGCUGCAUAUUUUUAGGAUACUUGCCCGAAAGUCCUAAAUACUUGUUGGGUGUAAAUAGAGCUGAUGAAGCUUUGGAUAUUUUGAAAAAUAUGCAUCGCAAAAAUACUCAAGGAAAUAAAAAACUUAGAGAUGAACUCUUUACGAUUACCAUGCUACUGCCAGAUUUGGAUACUCCAUUACGCAAUAAAGAUAUCGAUAAUUCAAAAUCAGCUUCAUCAAUACUACAAUUAAUAUGGGAUCAAACAGCUCCACUCUUUAUGAGAAAACACAUUCGCAAAACUUGCCUGGCUGCCUUAAUACAAUUUAUCAUUUUUUUUACGGCUCAUGGUGUGUACAUGUGGUUUCCUUAUAUACUCAAUAAUACCAUGUUAUAUACAGAAUACCAUGAGGAACCUAUAUGUCUUUGUGAUAUUCUAAGAUUUACACAAUCCUCGAAUUUUUCCAUUUCAAAUAGCUUAAGUGAUAAUCAGGGUGAUAAAAUAUGCACAACAAAGUUAGAAAUAUCCACCUAUAAACAUACAAUUACAUUGGAAUUAAUCUAUGUGUUCCUGCUGAUAUGUGUGAUUUUCGCCAAUAAAAAAUUCCAACGUACACCAAUACUAUUCAUUAUUUUAGCAACCUGUGGUCUUUCUGGCAUACUGAGCUUGAUAAUCAAUGUUCCUCUGGUGGCGAUAUAUAUGCUAGUUAUAAUGUUGUGCUGUGGUUUAGGAACAAGUGUCAUGAAUACAAUUGUAGUGGAUAUUUAUCCAACAAAUUUAAGAGCAAUGGCUGUCUGUAUUUCGUUAAUGCUGGGACGCAUUGGCAGUGUAACAGGAAGCAAUGUCAUGGGUGCCUUAAUAGAAACCCAUUGUGAAGCAGCUCUAUACAGUUCAUCAUGUGCAUUAAUAUUGGCCGGUUGUUUGGGUUUUCUAAUGCCAAAAACUCAGGAUACGAAAAAGCAAAUCAAUAAUUAUAGUGAAAAUAGUUAAAGACAUUUUUAUAGUAAAUUACACAGAUUAUAAAAGAUAUGCAAUAAACGACAGUUGUCAAAAAAGUAUUGUAAUAUCGAACUGUAUGGUUAUUUUGACGAUCUACAACCACUUUGCAAUGGUUCACAGUGGUUUAAAAACU